CGCUGCUCUUCUCCGCCAUGACAGCAGACCCAUACUGCGAACAUCUCGCGUCGCCAAAUGGCUGGGUGCUCGCGCUUUCCGUGUAAUCAUGACCACAUGGACAUUGGCCAUCAAGNNUCAACUCGUGCUCGGUAUCCUCAUCUCGUACAUCCCUCAACAUCUGAAAAUCAUUAGCCAUGGCACGUCUGCCGGGCUCUCGCCCUGGUGGGUUCUGCUAGGCACCAUAUCGUCUAUCGCCGCACUGGCGAACAUCUUGGUCUUGCCAACUAGCCAACACGACAUGGCUUGUUGCCGAGAGAUCUCGGGCACGGCGUGCGGUGCUGCGCUGUUGGGCGUCGUUCAGAUUGGCGUGCAGUGGGUGUGCUUCAUGACCAUUAUGGUCCUCUUCCUCGUCUUCUUCCCCAGAGAUGCCUUUGCCAACCCACCGCCUGAGCAUCUUCCCCCAGACACGCCUCGCAAACGCGACGCCGUAAUCGUCGGUGUAACCUCGCUAAUCUCGCUCCUCCUCGUCGGCCUCAUCUCAACACUCUUCCUCUUCCGCCUACCCUCGCACCUCCUCAGCUGGGCAAAUUUUCUCGGCAUCCUCGCCGCCAUCCUCUCGUCCAUCCAAUACAUCCCACAACUCUACACUACCUGGAAAGCCAAGCAAGUGCUGUCGCUCAGCAUUGCGAGUAUGCUCAUCCAAGUGCCAGGAGCCUUUGUCUUUGCAUUUAGUUUGUGGCUGAGGGUUGGCUGGGAAGGAUGGAGUACAUGGUUUGUGUAUUGUGUGACUGGCGUUUUGCAGGGCGCGUUGCUGGUCAUGGCCGUCAUGUUUUAUCAGAAAGAGAAGAAAGGAGAGAGUGUCGAGCAAGAGCCCACCGAGACGGAUCCAUUGUUGGAGGCUUCGCGUGGGAGUUCU